CAGCUUACGUCUCCAAAUUUCUACUUCACGGAUCUGCUUCAAAGAGGCAGCUGCAUUAGAGAGUCAUGUUAAGCUCAGCUAAUGCGGACAGCCCGAGGUAGCCUAAUGAUGGAUUUUGAUGAGCGCGUUCCGUGCUCCUCUAACAUGUAUUUGCCAAGUUGCACUUACUACGUCUCGGGUCCUGAUUUCUCCAGCCUUCCUUCAUUCCUACCCCAAACCCCAUCUUCUCGUCCUAUGACAUAUUCUUACUCUUCCAACCUACCCCAGGUCCAACCUGUGAGAGAGGUCACAUUCAGAGAGUAUGCCAUUGAUACUUCCAGUAAGUGGCACCACAGGAAUAACCUACCCCACUGCUACUCAGCAGAGGAGAUCAUGCACAGGGACUGCAUUCCUGCCUCCAACACUGCUAGCAUGGGGGACAUGUUCGGCAAAAACACCUCCAAUGUAUAUCACCCCAAUGCCAACGUUUCGUCUAAUUUCUAUAGCACAGUGGGGCGUAACGGUGUUCUGCCUCAAGCUUUUGACCAAUUCUUUGAGACUGCUUAUGGCAGCACUGAUAAUCAGCCCACGGAUUAUUCUGGGGACAAGAACUGCGACAAAGUCCCAGGAGCUGCUACAGCCACCACUUCAGGUUCGGAGACCUGCAAAGAGAAUGAUGAAAAAGAGAGGAGGACAGCAGAGAGCAGCAGCAACCACAGCAGCCCACAGUCAUCUUCCGGCAACAAUGAGGACAAAGCCAACAACUCCAGUGGACAACGUACCCGUAAAAAGAGGUGCCCAUACACAAAAUAUCAAAUAAGAGAAUUAGAAAGAGAAUUUUUCUUCAGUGUUUACAUCAACAAAGAGAAGCGCCUACAACUUUCACGAAUGCUCAAUUUAACCGACAGACAAGUCAAGAUUUGGUUUCAAAAUAGAAGAAUGAAAGAGAAAAAAAUUAACAGAGACCGUUUGCAGUAUUAUUCUGCAAAUCCGCUACUAUGAGACAAUUUGUAUGUUGAGUGGAGAUUUCAUUCAUAUUUUCCUCAUGACAAGGUCAAGCCACAAGGUUACUUGCAUACAUUGAUAUGUCUAAAUACCAGGAAAAUGGGAUAUAACAUCAUAUUUUACAGAACUGCAUUUCAUAUUUGGACUUCACAAGCUUCUAGCUUUACAUCUUCCAAUUUAUCAGGAAAUAUUAUGGCCCAAAUCUCACACAUUGAAUGCAGCAAAGAUGCAGAUAACAUUGUUUCCUAAAUGUCAUUUGACGACACACAUUGUGUCUAACUCUGCCAUCUGGGUAAUGAUACUGAAUCUAUUCUGAGGACCAAUUAGAAAUCUAAACUGUAAAAGUGUUUGUUGUCUGUUUAGAGAUCUACAAAUAUAGUCUUCAAACUCAAUACACUUAAUGAAUCAUCCAAAAUAUUUCAACAGAAAUAGAACUUUAUAGUAAUAGUUAAGGUUUUUGACAGCUGACCUUCUAGUAAAGAGAGAACCACAAUUGGGAUAAUCUUUACGCAUCUUGUAAUGUAAGUCAGUGUUUACCAAAAUAAGUAUUUGGAAGCAUGAACUUCAUAAAUAUGGCAUCAAAUAGCACUUUCUUUGGAGCUCUCAAUCUUUACCUGGGGGAUAACAGUGGAUAGCAAGUAUGUUCUAAAUGCUUUAAUGGAUUUGACUUGCUUUUGAUCCAUUACAUCAAAAAAUGUCAUUAGCAAAGCUAAGAAAGAAUAUGACAAUCUUCACUUACACACACACACACACACACAC